AUGGGCAUCUCUGUGCUCAAGCGCCGCGGCGCAUGUGCUCAAGACGGAACGGGGUCCCUCGAUGGAACUGCAUCCUCCGCCGAUAUUGCCCUGCUCCGACUUUAUUUUGCUGUCAAACCCGCGCCGCAGAGCGAAUCCCUGGCCAUGGUUAUACGAAGCAAAAGGCAAAAUUUUGGUCUUUUGAUCGGCCAAGGCCUAUAUAGCUCCUUUCCCCCGGCCCUGCUUCUCGUCAAGACGGAUCUCUUCUUUUUGAUUAAUCUUUGCGGGUUUAAGCUUUCCCAAUCUCCUGGGACUAAGAUCCCCACUUUGCGCAACCAUGGCGAAGCUACCAAAGAUCAAGGCCGGUACGCUGACAUGAUUCUUCUCUCUUACCCUUUAGCCAACACCUACUUCGUGGCCAUGGUGGCCACGGUGGGCGGCAUGUUGUUCGGCUUCGACAUUUCGUCCAUGUCCGCCAUCGUCAUCACUCCGCAGUACAUCGAUUACUUCGACAACCCUCACGGCAUCAUCCAGGGCGCCAUCGGAGCCUCUCUGGCUGCGGGUUCCGUCCUCGGCAGUCUGAUGGCUGGCCCCAUCUCCGACAAAUGGGGCCGUCGUGAUAGCAUCAUGUUUGCGUGUAUCUGGUGGUUGAUUGGAACCGCCGUCCAGGUCGCCACCAAUGGUAUUGGCUCUCUAAUCGCCGGUCGUAUCCUCAACGGUGUCUGCGUCGGCAUCACUUCGUCCCAGGUCCCCGUAUACCUCGCCGAGAUUGCCAAGCGUGAACGCCGAGGCCGCAUCAUCAUCAUCCAACAGCUUGCCAUCGAAUGGGGUAUCCUCAUCAUGUACUUUAUCGGCUACGGCUGCUCCUUCAUCAAGGGCACCGCCUCCUUCCGAACAGCCUGGGGCACCCAAUUCGUCCCUUGCGUCAUUCUCAUGAUUGGUCUGCCCUUCCUCCCUCGAUCCCCGCGCUGGCUUGCCAAGGUCGGUCGCGAGGACGAGGCCAUCCAGACUCUUGCCGAUAUCCAGGCCGGCGGUAACCGCGACGACCCUCUCGUCAUUGCCGAGUGGAAGGAGAUCUCCACCGUCCUGGCUGCGGAGCGCGAGUCGCAAAAGGGAUGGCGAAAGUUCUUCUUCAAGGGCAUGUGGAAGCGUACUGUCGCCGGUGUGAGCGUGCAGAUGUGGCAGCAGCUUAGCGGCGCCAACGUCAUUGUUUACUACAUCGUAUACGUUUUCCAAAUGGCCAACCUGACCGGAAACAUCAACCUUAUCUCGUCCGGUAUCCAGUACGCCCUAUUCAUCGUGUUCACGACCAUCAUGUUCUUCUUCAUCGACACCAGCGGCCGACGCAGCCUCCUCAUCUACGGCGCCCUCGGCAUGAGCGUCUGCCACUUCAUCGUCGCCGCCAUGCUCGGCGCCUACGGCGUCGACGUCCCCGAGGGCCUAUCUCCUCAUCAUCAUCUACGCCCUCACCCUCGCCCCGUCGGCUGGAUCUACGCCGCCGAGGUCUGGUCCCUCGAGACCCGCGCCACCGGCAUGUCCAUGGCCGCCACCGCCAACUGGCUCUUCAACUUUGCCCUCGGCCUCUUCACCCCGCCCGCCUUCCGCAACAUCAAGUACAAGACCUUUGUCAUCUUUGGCGUCCUGUGCAUCGGCGCCGCCGCCCAGGCCUUCCUCAGCUACCCCGAGACGUGCGGCAAGACCAUCGAAGAGGUCGAGGAGCUCUUUGGCGAGGAUGGCCCCAAGCCCUGGAAGACGAAGAAGGGCGAGUCCAGGCUCGACGCCGAGAUCCAGGCCGUCAUCGAGAAAAAGAAUGCCACCGAACACGACAAGGCCCCCGAAGUUGAGAACAAGGAGGUUGCUUGA